UGUGACAUCUUUCAUUAUUAUCACUAGAAUUGGAUGUGUGAUCAACUGCGAUUAAAAAAAAAUAAUUUAAAUAUCUAAGCAAAUAUCUUUUAAAGAAUAUUGACAAUGGACGAUGUUCCGGAGGAUGGAUUUGACGCAGAGGAAAAUUAUUAUGCAUACCUCAAUAUAUCAAAAUCGGCUUCGAUUGAUGAAAUAAAUACAGCUUAUCGAAAUUUAAGUCGUAUUUAUCACCCAGACAAGCAUGUCGAUGCUGAGAAAAAGAAAAAUGCCGAAAUUCUCUUCAAUCGCAUUAAAAAAGCAUACGAGGUGUUAUCGGAUCCGCAUAAACGUGCCAUUUAUGAUUCGCUUGGAGUUAAAGGAUUACAAACGGAAGGUUGGGAGAUCGUGCAUCGAACAAAAACGCCGUCAGAAAUACGUGAAGAGUUUGAACGUUUGGCCCGUGAAAGAGCCGAACGAAAACUACAACAAAGAACUAAUCCAAAAGGAAAUAUUACAAUAAACGUUAAUGCAACGGAAAUUUUCAAUCCGUAUGAUGACGAAUUUGAAGAUAGAUCAUUUCCUAAUAUUGAAGUUCAAGGCAUUUCAAUAUCUCAGUCAAUUGACGCACCAAUCACGACGAGAGAUACAGUUUCAAUGUCAGGAAGUUUAUCAUCACAAAAUGGCAAUGCACAAGGUGGUUUUCUAAUAAGCGGACGUCGCUUGGUGAAUCAAGGAUGGUUCGAACUUGUGGCGGGGGCUGGAAAUGGUCCCGUUGUUGGCUUAAAAGGAUCACGUAAUCUUACAAGCAAAAUUUUUUGCAACGGUGAUUUUACAUUGAAUUUUCGUAAAAAUGGAAUUAUACCAGGCCUCAUGGGAACGCUAGCUGUUCAAUUGGAUAAGCAUACGGUCGGUUUUCUAACAUACAAUGCGGGUAUACAGUCAUCGGUGUCAUGUGUGCUUGAGCACAGUACUGAAAAACAACACAUGCUAGUGACCUGUUCCGUUGGAAUACCACACUCAUUUAUUUCAGCGAGUUACACAAAAAAGCUCAUCGACUAUGAGCUAAAACUACGAUUGGCCGGAAAAGUUGGAACAUUUGGUUACAUGGCUGAAUACGGUGCUGAGAAAAAAGUUUCAAAAUAUAGUUCAGUGGUAGCGAGUGUAUCAAUUGGUCAACCCACUGGUGUUACAAUGAAACUGAAAUUGAUUCGAUCGUCACAAACGUACGUAUUUCCAAUUCAUUUGAGCGAAGAUAUUAUUCCUGCAGCCGUAUUUUACGCGACAGUCACACCACUAGUCGCAUGGUUUGUGGUUAAAAAAUGUAUCAUCGAACGAAUGGAUGCCGAACAAAAACAACGUGAUAUUGAUCGAAUCAAAGAAACAAACAAGAAACGAAUGGCCGAAAAGAAACGAGAAGCAGAAGCCGCGGUUGAUUUGAUGUCAGUACAGUAUGAACGAAAUUGCAGCGAAGAAGAGAGACGAAAUGGUCUUUUAAUUGUGUCUGCCAUUUAUGGAAAAUUUUCGGACAAUUCAUCUUCCGAUAGCAGUUCAUCCAUAACAACCGGCAACCAGACAAUCGAUGUUAAAAUACCUCUGCAGUGUCUCGUGAAAGAUGGUAAACUUACUCUACAAGAAUCAGGAAAGUGUGAUCUGCCUGGAUUUUAUGACCCAUGUGUUGGCGAAGAAAAACUAUUGCAAAUUGAAUACAUUUACAAUGGUAAAAAACAAACGAUACAAAUUGAAGAAAAUGAACCGCUUCGAUUGCCCAUCACAAACGCUACAAAUUCAUCAUGAUUAUGAUGUGAAAAAAAUGUUCGAUACGAACGCACUGUAUUUUCUAGAGAGUCCAGUGAUCCAGGAGUUUUCAUCCAUAUCAACUCAUGGCUGCAGAUUGAAAUUUCAGCUAAACAACGUUUCUUCCAUUUAUUACGUUUCGCGUUCUUUUAGAUGUAAAACAUCUUUUUUUUUUAAAUUCUUAUACAAAAUCAACGGAAAGAGCAAUGCUGGAGCAAUUCAGCUAACUGAAACUUUGAUCUGCAGACAUUAGAAAUCAUGAAUGAAAUACUCUGGAAUAAUCACAUGACAAAGUCAUAGUUUCAUUUUUUUGUUGUUAUUUUUAUGUAUUCAUUGCAAAUACAAUUGGUUCAAAUUGUAGUUUAAAAAACAUUCAAUGGAACAAGUUGAUCAUAGAAAUAAAAUAUGUUUUAAAAUUGAACAAAA